CUCACACUUGCCUUUUGUAGCGCGGCUGAAUCGAGGGAGGCGGUCUCAUCGACAAAGCCUUACUGAAACAUACGUUCGAAAGGGCUCAUUCAAUUUUAUCCUAAUCCUUUCUAUUCUUCGACCUUGCAGACUCGAAAGCUAUUCUAUGGCUAGCGAAAGCGUGCAGCAAAUCGACAAGAAAAGCAAGAAGCGCAAACGCGCAGAGGCAGAAGCAGAGGAAUCACCUGCGGCUGCGGCGCGCGAGCCCAAAUCCAAGGAAAAACGGAAGAAGAACAAACUUGAGGCUCCCGUGGAGACUGCAGUCGAUCUGGAUCAGAAAUCCGAUCGUAAAAAGCACAAGUCCAAAAGGAAAGACCGAAAGGAUCCGGAAGUAGACGCCGAAUCUGAACCUCCAGCUGCGACGGACGUCGAAGCCGAACCUGCAAAGAAGAAAUCUAAGAAAAAUAAAACUGGUUUCCCGGACCCGGAAGAGGACUCGGCGCUCUCUGAGCAAGCCAGCAAGGCUCUGUCCUAUGCAUUCUAUCGUUUCAGGAAACCGUCCAAGUGGAAGUUCUCGAAAGCCAAGCAGAACUGGCUGACACGCAAUUUUUGGUCUGAAAGCGCCAUUCCCGAAUCCCAUGUUCCACUCGUCACGAAGUAUCUGUCCAAUGUGCAGGGCGGUGUACGAGAAAACUUGCUCAAGAAUUGCCAGUCCAUCUUGUCACCCGCAUCAGAACCACCUGCUGAAACCGAAACUAAAACUCCUGCCCCCGAUGUCUUGAAACAAACACGCGCGCAAUUGCUGUUAGACUCAUUGGAAGCAGCAACGCAAGAGAGUUCAACAGCUGUAGAGACAUAGCACUUUGGGAUACGACCGCACUUCUUCACGUACAUCCAGUAAACGCCCACUCGUCUGCCUUACUGGAAUAUCCAACUUCCUCUGUGCUGACAGUAUUGGAUAUAGCAAGAUGAGUAUAUGUCGGGCCAUUCGGGUCUUACUCGACAAGUCAUGAAUCAUGGCAGCAGGUAACAACGAUAAUACAAACAAAAUAGUACACACAGGCCCUAGACUAUCAGAUCAACUGUCCAUCUUACGAAUAGUUCUGCGAUCCCUCUCCCCGAGGACCUUGACGAUUCCUUCGUUCUCCAAUGCCUUGAUCACCUCCGUAAACUCGGCAAUAUCAAUCCGGACGCUGCUCUGAUCGCCCAGAGACUGCAUCGCAUCGGCCCAUCUCACACCACGCGUCUUGGCACCGGCUGUGGAAUCCAGUAUGCUCAAAAUGCCCCUUCUCAUAUCUUCACGCUGCCUGCGCUGGCCAGCGCCCGUGCCAGUGUUCAGCAGGCCCAUGUCGAUCUUCCCGGUCCUCGGAUCCAUCGCACUCGUCCUAAUGGCCUCUCGCAUCAACCGCCCGGCCUCGCGAACAUCGCGCAGCUCGACAAACUCGCUCAGGCGCAUACGCGCAUGGCCCUCUGAUAACCGAAUCAGACUCUCCAGCUGCCGCGUAGUCGCUGUGAUUCGCUUCUCGGACGACCCUGCAUCGGAACCCAUGUUCCGCAUCUCGACGUAUGAGCGAACAAGCUCGUCGCCAGCCGCUUCCGUGAUCACAGGAUGCACACGAGAUCGUGCAUAUGAGAUGUAACCAGAGAGUUCAGGUAGCGCCUGAUAACCUGGUCAGAGGGCGACCACAGGUAACCCUAAAGCAACGCACCAAGAGCUCAUCGGCCUCCCUCCGGUUGGGAGUGUCUUCAAGAUACAACCCCACUAGAUGCUGCGCCAGUUUCCGGUCCAGGUUCUCGUCUACUUGGUCGAGCACGAGAUACAACAGGUCGAAACGCGAUAUGAGCGUCGGAGGCAGGUCAAUGUUCCUCGUGAUGGGCAGGUCAACGUCAUACUUGGACCCGACAGGAUUGGCGGCGGCGAGAAUCGACGUCCGGGCGUUGAGAGUGGUGAUGAUCCCGGCUUUAGCGAUCGAGACAGUCUGUUGCUCCUGUUUCCUCGACGCUACGCGUCGCAUCGGACAUUUUGUCAAAUUCGUCAAUACAACAAACACCGCCGUCGCUGAGGACGAGAGCACCACUGAAAACAGCGCCUUAGAGAGACACAAGGAGGUCUUGAACAUCGCUCACCUCUCCAGCACUAGUUGUUUUGAGUCGGGAUCGCGCGUCACAUACGCUGUGAGACCCACGGCGGAGGAGCCUUUGCCAGACGUGUAGACUCCCCGGGGGGCAAUUUUGUGCACAUACUGCCCGUGAUUAGUGUACACCUCGCAGAAUUAGAUCGAACUCACCUGAAGAAUCUGGGAUUUACUCGUUCCAGGGUCACCGACCAACAGGACAUUGAUGUCACCACGAUAUCGAGGUCCACCAGCUCCUCCGCCACGCUCAAUACUCUUGUUGGUACCUCCAAAGAGUUGGAGCAGAAUGCCCUUCUUCACGUCGUCCAUUUCCCAAAUACUCGGAGCAAGCGAGCGGGACAACAAAUCGUAGACGUCGGGCCUCUGACUGAGCUGACGGAUUCUGUUCUCCAAUUCUGUAUUCAAGACACCUUGUUCGUCACGCUGGCCCUCCAGAUCACCAACACCCCCGAUUCCAGGCAUACGAUCGGCACUCCCCCGUGUCGUGGGAUCGAGAGCGACUACACCUUCGCGGCCAUCGGCGCCUCCGAUGAGCCGCACGUGAACGACAUCCAGGUAUGUCUUGAACAGACUCUUGAGCUUCCGCUGCCGCGGAUUCACCCGCAUGGGAAUGCUGCGGAAGAUCCCAGUCACGACCAUUCGGUCACCAGGCUUGGCGAUGUCGACCAGCUCGUCGUAGACACUCAAACUGACCGUGUGCGGCGUCUGGCCAUCAGGCACGACAUCCGGCGUCUCUUGCAGUCGAAUCACUUGUCUGUCCGCGAAUGUACAUCGGUUGUGGAUUAGCGAAAGCGUUCCCGGUGAGGCACAGACGUCUCGCGGACAGACGCUCGGUUCCGCAAUCUUGCCACGGUCAAUCUCGACCUGAGUCGUGUGCGAACAGUUGAGGCAACGGAAGAACGCGGUCUUCAUGUCGGGAAUGAUGGGCGUCGUGCGGAUAACAAGCCCGUUGAUGGCGACCAGCUUGUCCGUAUCUGCCUACAGGUUAGUUUGUGAA